CCACCGCCGCCGCCGCCGGUGACUCUUCUCCCAGUAAUUUACCGUUCGUGACGAUGAUGGAGUCCAUGGAGUCGUCGUGUGUUCCGCCCGGGUUUCGGUUUCAUCCGACCGAUGAAGAGCUCGUUGGAUAUUAUCUAAGGAAGAAGGUAGCUUCACAAAAGAUUGAUCUUGAUGUCAUCAAAGAUAUCGAUCUUUACAGGAUCGAGCCGUGGGAUCUUCAAGAGAAAUGUUGGAUUGGUUAUGAAGAGCAAAAUGAGUGGUACUUCUUUAGUCAUAAGGACAAGAAAUAUCCGACCGGGACGAGGACGAAUAGGGCUACGUUGGCCGGGUUUUGGAAGGCAACCGGGAGAGACAAGGCUGUUUAUGACAAGAAUAAGCUCAUUGGAAUGAGAAAAACCCUCGUUUUUUAUCGAGGACGAGCCCCGAACGGGCAAAAGACUGAUUGGAUCAUGCACGAAUACAGAUUAGAAUCCGAUGAAAACGGCCCUCCACAGGAAGAAGGAUGGGUUGUGUGUAGGGCCUUCAAGAAGCGAGCGAAUGGACAAUCAAAGACGGCGGUCGAGCGGUGGGAUUCGAGCUAUUUCUACGACGAACCGAGCCGGGUCUGCUCGGGAAUCGAUCCGCUCGAGUUCAUGUCGAGGCAGUCGAUGCCACAAGGGUUGUUAGAGCACAAUAAUAUGAUGUGUAAGCAAGAGAUGGAAGGUGAGAAUGUGAAGUUGAUAGCAUAUAAUGAUCCAUUUGUACAACUUCCACAGCUUGAGAGCCCAUCUCUUCCAUUAAUGAAAAGAUCAAGCUCCAUAUCUUUGGUGUCGGAAUGCAAUGAAGAAGAAGAGCCACCGACAAAAAGAAGGUACGAUAAUAACAACAAUAAUAAUAGGAGCUCAAAGGUGACGGAUUGGAGGGCAUUGGACAAGUUUGUGGCUUCUCAAUUGAGUCAAGAAGAUGCAUUUGAAGGCGAAGGAGAUUCGAGGUUUGGAGCACAAAAUAAUAAUUAUAAUAAUAAUAACAAUCAUAAUUCAGCGGACAUGGCCAUAUUAUUGAUGGAGAAUAGAGUGCAUGAUGAAGAGAACUUAUACAAAGAGUUCUUGAGUUCGAACCCGGAGUCUGAUUUUGGGAUUUGCAUAUUUGAGAAAUGAAGAUGAUUAUUUGAGGAUGUUCUUGUCGGAUAAUAUUUUUAAUAUGUGUUCUUAUGAGGGUUAUUAUGGAUCUUGGGAUCAUAUCUCUAUAAUGUAUUUUUGUAUGAUAUGGUUGUGAAUGAGUGAAGAAAAAAAACUCUCUUUCUCUCU